CUUGAGUGGUGUACGAAUCAUACACCGCAAAUUUUCUAAGAUUGCUUCAGUAAUGUUUUUUUUACUGAAAGCUACCUUAGAGUGAUAUUAUCGUAAAGAUACUGCCGUCCUUCUCAAACCUGUGUUGGGGUAAGAGGCGGGACUUAUCAUAAUCAUGAAAGCUAUUGAGUAAUAGAUAGUUUUGCUGAAUUAAACAUAUUGCAGUACAGCAAAUUUUACUGAAAUUCAGCUAUGUAGUGUCAAAUUUGUCGUUUCACUAAAUAUGAGUAAAACAAAUUACUCAAAAUGUAGCUAUUCAUUCUGUCAAAACGACAUGUCAGUCAGUCUGAGCAAUAAAAGAAAACAUAUUGCAGUGCCAGCUUGCUCGGGAUGAACAAAAAGUUGAUUUGGUAAGCGCUUACAGACACCUCCAUAAAAUUUUAGGUGAGAAUUCGGCUUGCGGGAUUAAUGUAAAAUAAUGUUUUGGUUGAGAAAAAUCUUCACACCACUGCGUUGUUCUUGCUGAAAUUUCGUGGUAACUGUUGGAAUCUCGCGUUCCAACUACCUGUCAUAAACGGGACGUUUUAAAACGAGCGACCAGUACACGAACAAGGCACGAAGCGUAACAGGAAAAAAGCGUUAAAAAGGGCCGCAAGAUAGGAACGAGCCUUUUCUAAACCAAUCGCGAAAAAACGGACAAAUUUUUUGGCGCGUAAUAAGAUAAUAAAUCGUUUUUGGCAAGAGAUUUCAUCCGCUUUGGUUUUAGUUCCCAACAUUCCAAAAAAUUUGGUUCGAUAAAUCCAAACACAUGUUGAUUCGAUAAAUCCAAAAUAAAUUGGAUUUGGAAAUUCGUCAAACGAUUUCGUGUACGGCAUUCCUCGUUCGUCGUGUAGUUUCGCGAGUCGAAAAAAUAAAUCACGCGCGGUGUGUGUCGAAGUGCCUGUGACCAAAAAGUGCAAUGGAGCAGCAGCAAUUGCGUGGUAUGCCAAGGGCAGAGCCGGCUACCACAGGGACUGUCCAAGGGACAGAACGUGUCAACGUUUACACUAGCCCCCGCGGAGCAUCGUCCACCCCAGGAGCAUUGCGCGAGACUCUCUCCCCGUCGGAAGGUUCCACUGUGGAAUAUGUGUACGAGUGGGCAGCAAGUAAGGCGGAAAAAUUGCAGCAGUACCAGCCAACCUCGUUCGAAGAUGACGCCCGGAGGCGCGUUCCUCAAGAAGGAAGUAAGACCCCUCAACAAGGAGCGUCGAGUAAGACAGGUGAGGCAAGUGGUAACGGUCCGGCAAAUCCAGAUCGCGACGAGGAAGAGACGCUGUCAGCGUCUGAAAGUGCACGAUGGGAAAGUGAGGAGCGGCACAGACGGCGUAUUGUGCAUGAACGCGAGCAUCUAAAGCUCGAUAUUGCGGAAGCGCAAACUGGCGAGACCGCCAUCGCGCAGCCCCCGAACACUUUGGGACGAAAAGAGAAAGAGUUUCAAGAGUGGGUCCGCGACAUGGAGAAUUCCAUGCGCCAGCCCAUUCGCGACAAGGAUGGCCGUUCACGGGGUCAACAUCCUGUGGUUCAACACCCCGACGCGAGAAUCACACGCACACCAAAUCCUCACACGAUACAAUAUGGCCACGACAUGUACGCAACACAACAGGAUGCAGGGUACGCGACACACAUGCACCCCCAACCGGCAUUAUCGCGCGAUUUUUAUGUGUAUCUAUCAUUUUUCUCAUUCUAACAUUCAGAAAAAUUUUCGUUCUGCCUCGCUCUUCUGGGUAUUGGUCUGGUUUUGCUUGCAACUUUUCUGUGUCACAUCAAACAUUCUCAUGUUUCAUAUGGCUCUUCUCUUUCCAUCGUUAGAGAGAAACUCUUGCGUCUCGCUUUUCUGGGACUUAUCCAAUUUCGCUUGCUACACCAAUCGUUCACGCAAGCGUUCUCUCUCCCGCUCUUUGUAUCAUUGUACAGGUACUCCCCGAUAUACGCUAUCAAUGCGGACCGGAGGCAAUAGCGUAUCUCGAGUAUUAUCGAAAGCCAAAUUUCGAGGUUUUCAGUCAAAUUAUAGCUUAUUUUCGUAUAAUUUUGCAUGAAGUGGUAGGUUUUAGCCACUAAAUUAGUUAUUUGAUCUGAUUUCAACUGAAGAUUACAAUGUUAUACCUUUUGAAAUGGUUUUUAAUAUUCAACCAAAAGGGAAUUUAUUUUCCAAUUGACAUUCCAUUUCUCAAAUUAGUACAAUUUGCUCAAAGAACUGUCAAAUUAAAAAAAAAGCGUAUAGCGAAAUCACGUAUUUUGAGUCUGGCGUAUAUCAAGGAAUACCUGUAUAUCCACACGAGGAAGGCGCUGCUUCGCGUUCUCAUGAAAAAGUGGUAGUGUGAAAUCAAGUUUGCAAGCAGAAGAACCGCUUGAAAUCAAGUUUGCCAGUCGAUGCGUGGUCGUUUUUUCUCUCGCGAAACCACUACGAAAAAACUAUUUGGUAAAUACAGCCUUUAAGUAAGAGUUACAUCAAUCUUUAUCAAACUAAAUGGUAUUAAUAAUUGUGAUAUCAAAUAAUAUUCGUUUUCUAUAGAAAUCCACGAAAUUCUAUAGAACACACGCACGAACGGAAGUGAGCACGGACCACGAUAGAAACAAUAUUCAAUUGAUUGGAGUGCCGAAAACAACAGAACAAGAGAGGAAAGAAGGCAGGAACGAUCCUCCAACGUGCUAGCGCCUGGUAGAGGAGAAGCGGCAGGAAGGUAGAGGCGAUCAUCCAGCGCGCUAGCGCAGCAUGUGAGAGCAGCGAGAGGGAGGCAAGCAGGAAGAAUUUUUAACGUGUGGACACCAUUCGACGAAGACAACGCUGGAUUAAAGGAAGAACGAGGGCAGGUAAGACGGGUACGUGUGUAUCUCGCACGGGUUUUCGGCAGUGUGAAUUGUGUGAGUAUUGAAAAGUGUAUGUGUGAGUAGAGGUAAAGAGGUAACAUAAAGAGCGAAUGUG